AGCUAUCAAUCGGAUAUCUCGCAGGAUGCAGACAAAAGCAAAUUUGUUGAUGAUACAAAAGAGGGCGCGAUGUCUGCAGCUUUGGAGAGAAGCAGCAGAGAGGCAUCGAGUCAGAUGUCUAGGUCAUUGUUGUCUAAAGCACUACAGAGGAAGAGGCGCUACCCAACCUCCCGUCCAUUCAAGUGCGACCAAUGUGGAAAUUCUUUCAACCAAAGGAUACAUUUGAAGAAGCAUUUGUACAAGCAUCAAGGUGAAAAGCCAUUCAAAUGCCAGCAGUGUGAUUACUCCACAGUGGAACGCAGCCAUUUGAAAGUCCACAUCAGGAUACAUACUGGGGAGAAGCCAUACAAGUGCACUCAUUGUGAGUAUGCAACAGCUCAGAACAGUACAUUGAAGAUACAUGUCAAACGCCAUCAUGGUGGCUUCCAGCUCAGCUGCACUUCCUGCGGCAAACAAUUUGCCGAGAAAGACAUGCUCGAAGAUCAUAAACGGGAGCAUCCCGACCACCAGCUUAUCAAGACACGGACAAGUGCUGGAGGAAGCCCAGAAUCGUCGGAUGCAGAAUUGGCUUUUCAUCAACUGGGACCAACACAAGGGGGGAAAGAGGUGAAAUUGCUCCACAGUGAUCUUAAGCAGGAUAAUACUUAGGGUAGUCAUAGUGACUUAGUUUAGACAGAUAUGCCAAGAAAUAUUUGUCAUGCCAAGUGUGGAGGGAUUUAUUUAUUAAUAUUAUUUUUCUUCACUAGUUGAUUUGGUGACAGUUUGAUCAUGAUGGGAACAUUAUUGGCUGGAGUUUAUGUGGACGAGUUAAGAUACAUAAUGAUAGAUAUACAAGAUGUAUAAUAAUAAGGGCCAAUUUUCUUAUAUCAAGAUAAAAUCUUGUGAUCGAUUUACAUUUUAAGAUUAAUGGCUUUACCUUACAUGGUUGAGGCAUGAAGAGGGGUAGUUAAAGAUUUCUAUUGUUGUGAAUGAAAUUUUAAAGAAAAGCAGAAAACCUGAAAGAUGCAUGUCCAAGUUCAUGUGAAUGAGAUGAAUUAGUUUCUAGGCAGCAAAUGAAGAGCUUCAAAGCCAAUUUGUCAGUAGAGGGUUUUGAGUGAAAUUUGCUUAUUGGAAAAGUCUCAGAACAGUUAAUUUCCUUUAGUUGUCUUUUUAAAAGAUAUUUAAAUUUUUUUACCACCAUGGACAUUUGUGUCUCUUAAAUGUAUUGCAUUCAACAUUUGUUUUUAUAUUUCUUUUGUGGCAAAGGAGAUACAAACAGCUAAUACUUCUGUUACAGAGUAGAGGCUAAACAGAGCACAAGAAGCACAGGUGUAAUUUUCGGUUUUAUUUUGAACUUCUCAGCACCAGAGUUUUACUUUCAUCACAUGAUUUCGAUUUUGUGCACUUGUCAAUGAAUGUAUUUUGUUCAAUUUGGUAUGUUAGAAAAAAGCAUACCAGUAAAACUGUACUAUGUGUGUAAACCCUCUUCAGGUCGCGGGAUUUAAAUACUUUAGAAAUUGUCACCUUAAAACUAUUUAACAUGUAGCUAUUUUUUCACUAUUAUAUAUAUAUAUAUUAAUAUAUAUUAUGAAUACGAGCCCUAAAAUGAUUUAACUCCUGUGUAAACAGGUGCUGCUUUACAGUUUACUUCAAGAACAUGCAUGUUAUAGCACUCCUUAGAAAAGUAC